ACUUAAACUACCUCAAAAUUAUGUUUUACUUAUUUUUGCUGCUUUCCAGUAAGUAAUACCAGAAAAAGUAGCUGUUCUGUAUGUUCUUUCUGUAGAAUAGAGAUAAAAGGUAGCAUGUGCUGUUGGACUAGAAACCUUUAUUAUGUUCUAAACAAGACAGUUCUCUCUGCACUGGUCCAAACUGAAUGCUUGGCAGAAUGCUGGAGCUUGAGUUGGAGAAGUUCUGAUUAAGUUAAUUUAGGCUGUGCUUUGUUUCUCUUGAUACUUAAACAGUGAUUGCUGUUUCUAUUACUCCAGACAUAACCUGAAGAUUUAACAUCUGCAUCCAAUUAAAAAGCAGUGUUUUCCUACAAAGAGGUGAUCCAGGUUGUGCUGAUUGGCUAUGCAUAAUUCUGUUUACAUAUUUGAUGAUCAUUCUGACGAUGAAAUCCCCACCCAGCAAGCUAUUCAGGAAAGCUUACAAGAUAUUCAUAAAAUGGAAAGAAGUGCCAAUGCAAUAGAGGAUGAAAGUUUCCUGUGCGUUGCAAGCAAAGAACGUGAAGAGAUAAUUGCUGCAAUCCGGACAGGCCAAGAAGAGGCCUUGAAGAAGUUGGUGAGGCACAGUUCUGCUUUUGAGGAAGCAGAUCAGCAAGGCUGGCUUCCUAUGCAUGAGGCUGCAGCUCAGCUAAAUAAGAACAUCCUUGAAAUAACUUUAAAAGCCUCCCGUUCCGUUACAUGGGAACAGACCACACUGGGAGGGGAAACACCUCUCAUGGUGGCAGUCAGAAACUGCUUUUUGGAAAACGUCCACUUUCUACUGCUCAAUGGUUGCAAUCCCAAUAUUAAGAAUGAAGAUGGAGAUUCUCCUUUAGUUGUAGCAAUUAAGCACAAUUCAUAUGAGGUUGCCUCCUUGUUGAUAAAUUUUGGAGCAAAGGUGAAUUUGCCAUGUAUCCACAAGAGGACUGCUUUACACGAGGCUGCCAGGCUUGGCAGAAAGGAUCUGGUGAUGCUUCUGCUUCGUUCUGGGGCAGAUCCUGAUCCUCGCAGUGGAUAUGGGCUCACACCUCUAGCGCUGGCUGCACAAGCUGGACAUACAGAAAUUAUGGAGCUCUUAUUGCAAAAAGGUGCUGAUGUUCUUUCACAGGCAAUGGAUUAUUCUUCUGUAUUAUUUGAAGCAGCAGGAGGAGGAAAUCCAGACUCUCUGAAUCUUUUGCUAGAAUAUGGGGCUGAUGCUAAUGUGCCAAAGCACUCGGGUCAUUUACCAAUCCACAGAGCUGCGUAUAGAGGACACUUUCUUGCCUUAAAGAAUUUAGUUCCAGUUACUAAUUUUGAUGCCAUUAAAGAAAGCGGAAUAAGUCCAAUUCACUCAGCAGCAGCAGGAGCACAUCCUCAGUGCCUCGAGUUUCUCCUCAAGUCUGGGUUUGAUGCCAAUUUUAUGCUGGAUCAAAGAAUUCGCAAAGGCUACGACGACCGCCGGAAAUCAGCCCUGUACUUUGCUGUUUCCAAUGGGGAUAUCAGUUCAGCACAGCUGCUGUUGAAUGCUGGAGCCCUGCCAAACCAGGAUCCCAUCAACUGCCUCCAAAUAGCCUUGAGAAUGGGCAACUAUGAGUUAAUGAAUUUACUGCUCCGGCACGGGGCCAAUGUUAACUACUUCUGCAGAGUGAACACAACGCAUUUCCCAUCGGCUCUGCAGUAUGCUCUGAAAGAUGAAGUCAUGUUAAGAAUGCUGAUGAACUAUGGCUAUGAUGUGCACCGCUGCUUCGAUUGCCCUCGGGGAGAUGUGUCCCAUUCCCAGUACGUGACUGAUGGAUGGACUUCUACUGUUAUCAAAGAUACAAAGUUCUGUGAAGUGAUAACCUUGUCAUGGCUGAAGCAUCUUUGUGGGAAAGUAGUGCGAGUAAUGUUAGAUUACGUUGAUCAUGUUAACAUCUGCUGGAAGCUGGAAGCAGCUCUCAAAGAACAGGAGCUCUGGCCAGACAUCAAUUCAAUUUUAACAAAUCCUCGCUCCCUGAAGCAUCUUUGUCGCCUGAAGAUACGGGAAUGCAUGGGCCGGCUGCGUCUGCGUUGCCCUGUCUUCAUGACCUUCCUCCCACUGCCAAAUUGCUUGAAGGACUACAUUCUGUACAAGGAAUAUGACCUCUAUGGACCGGAAAGUUUCUUGGGAACCUCCAGUGUCAACUGCACAUAAUUAUUCUGUAUUUUGAAGGGAA